CACCAGCCUUUCUGCUCUUCCUUUCAGCCGCGUUUUAUUUAUCGGCUUUAGUGGCGUUUCCAGCAAGGCGGAAUCUCCAUGAAAUGAAUCGUUCCACCUGGACCUCGGUUUGCUCUCCAGAUGGCUCGGCCCUCCUAAGCUGCCCCGGGUGCCGUAUUUUCCCCGAGCUGGGCUGGCUUUUCCCUGCGUGCCGGCUCCUCCCUGGCUGUCGCUGACAGCUGCGCGGCUCAUGCCCCGUAGCAGCUCCCUGGCAUGUCAUUCAGGAGGAACAAAAGCGGAUUUCUCCCCCACCUCCCCGCCAGGGAGGAUAAAGGGGAUGCUUUUGUGCUUCCCCCCCGCGUUUCUGCGGGAGGGCUGAGCUUUGCCGAGGGGACCCUGCAGGGCUCCAGCGUGGAUGGGAGAUCUCCGGGAGGGAAUUGAGUCUGCGCUGGGUCCCACCUGGAGAGCACAACUUGUGUCAGGAUGCACCGAGUGAUGAAGGAGGAAUCCAGUUUCAGGACAAGCAGCCUGGAAAACGUGCCCCGGGACCCAGGCAAGGCCAAGCUGCACAUGAAGCUGUGCAGUGGGUCCUGCCACGCCGAGCAAAUCCUGCAGACCCUCAACUCCUACCGGCACAGCGGCACCUUCACCGAUGUGGUGCUGCUGAUCGACGGGCAGGAAUUCCCCUGCCACCGUGCCACCCUGUCAGCCAACAGCACCUACUUCAGGGCCAUGUUCGGUGGCGACCUCAAGGAAGGCCACGAGGACAUCAUCAACAUCCAGAAGAUCUCCGCCUCCACCAUGUCCCUCCUCCUGGAUUAUAUGUACGGGGGGAACAUCGUCAUCCAGGAGGACAACGUCGAGGGCAUCUUGGAGCUGUCUGACCUGCUGCAGAUCUCCAAGCUCAGGGAUGCCUGCGUCACCUUCCUGGAGGGCCAGCUGCACCCGUGCAACUGCCUGGGCAUCAUGAAGUUCGCCGACUCCUUCUCCAUCGCGUCCCUGACGGAGAAGAGCAGGAGGUUCCUGCUGGAGUGUUUUGUGGAGGUGUCGUGCCACGAGGAGUUCCUGGAGAUGGGGGUGAAGGAGCUGGUGGGGUACCUGUCCGACGAGCAGCUGGUGGUGCCCAGGGAGGAGGUGGUGUUCGAGGCGGUGAUGCGCUGGGUGCGGCACGACGUGCCCGCCAGGAAGGGGGCCCUCAGGGAGCUCCUGGAGCACGUGCGCCUGCCCCUGCUCAGCCCCACCUACUUCCUGGAGAAGGUGGAGAUGGACGGGCUCAUCCAGGACUCCAAGGAGUGCAUUCCCCUCCUGCACGAGGCCCGCAAGUGCUACAUCCUGGGGAACGAGGUCAGCUCCCUGCGCUCCAGGCCCCGGAGGUUCAUGGAGCUGGCAGAGGUCAUCGUGGUCAUUGGGGGCUGUGACAAGAAGGGUCUCCUGAAGCUGCCCUUCACAGACCUGUACCACCCCAAGAGCAGGCAGUGGACAGCCCUCUCCAGCGUGCCCGGGUACACCAAGUCAGAGUUUGCUGCCUGCACACUGAAGAAUGACGUGUACAUCUCAGGAGGGCACAUCAGCAGCAGUGAUGUCUGGGUGCUGAGCUCCCAGCUGAACGUCUGGAUCAAGGUGGCCUGUCUGCAGAAGGGCCGGUGGAGGCACAAGAUGGCAACGCUCCAGGGCAAGAUCUACGCCGUGGGGGGCUUCGAUGGCUUCUACCGCCUCUCCAGCGUGGAGUGCUACGACACCUUCUCCAACAGCUGGUCCAGCUUGGCCCCGCUGCCCCAGGCUGUGAGCUCGGCCGCCGUGGUGUCCUGCCUCAACAGGCUCUACGUGCUGGGAGGGGCUGUGGACGACACCUCCAACACGGACAAGGUCCAGUGUUACGAUCCAAAGGAUGACAAGUGGACGCUCUUGUCUCCCACCCCAUUUUACCAGAGGUGCAUCAGUGCUGUCUGCUUGGACAACAUCAUUUAUGUUGUGGGUGGGCUCCUCAGCAAGAUCUUCAGCUAUGAUCCCAGGAAGGACAGCUGGAGAGAAGUGGCCACCCUCCCUGGGCCUCUGGAGAGCUGUGGCCUGACGGUGUGUGGAGGGAAGAUCUACAUCCUGGGUGGCCGGGACGAGACCGGGGAGGGCACGGACAAGGCGUUCACGUUCGACCCGGCGACGGGGCUGGUGGAGCCGCAGCCGCCGCUGCAGCGCUGCACCAGCUACCACGGCUGUGUGACCAUCCUGCAGCGCAGGGACAGGUGACCACGGGGCUCCCCUGCACCCAGAGCCUCCCCUGGAGCCUCCCAGCACGUGGCAACAGCAGCCCCUGCAGAGGAGGUGCUCCCCCGGCCCCCGAGCAGCCCCGGGUUUGUUUUUCCCGGCCCCGCGACGGUGCCGAAGGAUUUGAUGCUGGUCCAGGCGAGAGGAUGGAAGGGUCCUGGGCCGGGUGAAGUUGCAUCACAGACCUUGCCACUGCGGCCCCUGGGGCUGCUGAAUUUGACCUUUGCUUAGGUUUUCCUGGCUGUAGAUGAAAACCUUCUGCUGCGUUUGCGACAGAGGUUUGCUGUCCUGAAAGGACGUGUGUUUGCUGCUCUCUGAUGCCCAGAAGUGUUGCUGUAACAGUUACAGCUCCAGGAUCCAAUCCUUUGGCUAAAAGCUGUCAGGUAUUUGUGCAUUUAUUACAGAACCCUGUGCCAAACCCCAGUGGGGACCUAAAUGCUCCUUAACAUCCAUGAACAGAGAGCUGGGAUUGGGACUUCAAAGUUGAUAAUCCCAAGAAAAUCACUCCACUAAAUCCCAAAUAGUUCCAGCUCUGACUCUGCAUAGGCUGUGUGAGGGUCUGUGCCCCCAAAGCACAGAGUGCUGUCUCUUUUCAUACGUGUUUUGUGGUUGGACUGCUGUGUCUCUCACAGAGUGGACAAGUGAAUCCUGCAGCCAAGAGCUCCUCCUUCAGAGAGGAGAAGGAGGGGGAAUAUUAAAGUGUAGGAAUUAAGCAUGAAGACCUGAAGCAUGGUAGCCACAGAACCAUCUCAUUUUGGCUCUAGAGUAUGUAGCAAAUCAUAAAAUAAACUCCAUAUUUACCAGCCUGGGGUCCCUGGGAGCCUCAGAGUGCAGCUCAUUUGGAGGAUGUUUGAUGGCACAGCCUGCAUUGCUCCAAGCUGCCCUCAGGCUUGGAAAUGCCCCUGAGCAUGUUUGAUUUGGUAGGAUAACUGUAGUUUUUGGUGUUGGUGUCUUUAGUCUGUGCCUGGAACUGGUAAUUUCUGGUGGCUCCAUGUAAAUGCUCACGUUGUUCAAUUAGGGGCUGAAUUGCUGCCAAAUGUAGAGUGAGGGCUCUUAAAAACUCCCCUGCCUUGGACACUGUGGGGUGCACCCCUCCACAGCAGGCUGCUGGCUGGCUGCUGUGCUGUCUGCACCUUCCCUUCCUCACCCCAAUUCCUCCUGAAGCAGAGGAAAUGACUGUGGCCACUGGGCCAGCUAUUCCCCUUUGAUUGUCCCAAACCUGCUGGUUCUGCCUGCUUCUCCCCGUGCUCACCACUAAACCAAGGGCCACAUCCACAUGUUUUCUGAAUGCUCCCAGGGAUGGUGACUCCACCACCUCCCUGGGCAGCCCCUUACAAUGCUUCAAAACCCUUCCCAUGACAUUUUUCCUCCCCCUAGUAUCUAAUCGAACCCUCCCCUGGCACAACUUGAUGUUAUUUCCUCGAGGAUUUCCUCAGAGGAGAUUCCACGCUGGUAGAGGUUGUUCCCACGAAGAGAGAAAAGGAAAUUCUUGCUCGUAAAAGGCAAUUUUAUUUGCAAUCAAAUUGCAUCCACAUUUGGGUCUUUAAUGGGAACAGAGAUUCCAAGAGGAUGAGCCUGCCCAGGGCAGGCACUGAGGAAAGUCUGAUCUGCUGAGGAAGUUGAGCACUGUGGGGAAUCCCUUGUAAAAGGGAUGGUCCUCCUGCCAAAGGUAAGCCUGAGGAAUGUGGAAUGGGGCUGGGAACACAGGUGAUCUUGCCUGGCUGCUGGUGGUUCUUUGUGCUCCUGCUCUUGAGCACAGGAAUAUAUUUGGACAUAGCAACAGCCUUGAAAGGAAAAAGGAGGAGUUUUCCAGUUGCAUUUCCAACUUCUCUCUCCACAGUCUUCCCUGAUUUUCCUAAUGCCUCCUCCCGGGAGUGUCUUGCUGUACUUCCCACCUUACUCCUGCAGGAGUGAGCACACUCCAAAGGGUGGAGCAUGUUCCUGUCAGCUUUCCCACGUGCUUUUGCCAUGUGUGGUGUGUUGCCAUAGGUGGGACACAGUGCUGGAAGUUGUGGCACAGACACUGAAACAUUUGCCUAGCUCCUGGUCCUGCUAUUUAUUGUACCCCUGAAUUGUGUUUUGUGGGGGCUGUGGGUGUGUGAAGGGGAGGGGUAGGGAAGGGAUUCAACUUGCUUUUAUUUAGAAAUAAAUAUUCACCUUGACUCCCAGCUGCUUUUUGCUUCAGGGAAUUCAUUUGUGCCUAUGGCAUUCCAGAAACGUAUUGUUGAUGGAGCAUCACAGGAGCUUUGGGAACAGUGUCCUUGAGGUGUCCCAGCCUUUGUCUGGGGUACCUAAAUCCUCACUGUGAGCAAGCAGAAAGUUCAAGGCACUGCUGUUUGUCUGCAGAGAGUGAUAUCUUUUAACUAUUCCACGGAAUCACGGCCGAGUAAGUAGGGAAGGUGUUUGGAUCAUUCAAACUCUGCUAAGGAUGGGGAAAAUUGGACUUGUGUUUUGGCAUGAUGGAAAGAGGAACCGAAAAACCGUUUGCCUUGGCUGUUUCUUGCUCUGCCUUGGUGUGGCAGAAGGACACAGAGCAUGGAACUGCCCAGCACCACAACAUGCUUCACAUCCCAGGAGGACUUUCCUCAGCCCACAUGUGAAGCAUCUCCUGGUUGUCUUCCCAGGAAUACCCAGACUUGCUGUGGGAGCUCUGCAUGGCAAAAGAUGUAGAAAGAAGUAGUGAUCACCUGCAAAGCAUGAGCAGUAGGCUCAGCUUUACGUGUUUAAGCUUUGAGAAACAAAAUAAAUUACUUUUUUCUUUGCA